UGGUAAAAUAAAUGAAAGUAUGUAUGUAUCUAUGUUUAUGUGAAUAAUAUAUUUUGGUGAGAGUACAUAAACAUACACGUGUGUACUCUCUCUCUCUCUCUCACUCUUUCAAUCGACAAUACAAACAGAAGCUUUGUAUUGAUGCGAUUUGUGGAUUUUUAUGCACAGACACAUUCCUUCAAUGGAUCACUAAAUUAAAUAGCACAAUCCAACUAUUCAAUAUACAAUUAGACUGAUUUUUUAUAAAAAGGCAUAAUAAUAUACAAUUUAAAUUAGAACUUUGAUGGUGUUUACUCAUUGUGUAGCAAAUACAUUCAAAUGGCGGUUAGCAGAGAUUAACUAGGAAGGAGAAGUGAAUAUUAUUAUUAUUAUUAUUAUUACUAUUAUUAUCAUUUCUCAUAAACAUCAUUCCAAUUUUCGAUUCGAUCCAGUUCGGAAAUAUAAUAAUAAUAUUAUCAUUAUUAUUCUUUAUCAAGUUGACAAUCUCUGCGAUUUUCAUUCAACUCACCUACUAAUUCAAUAAUUACAUCUUUUCUAUUCAAACACUGCCUGUGUGUAUAUGUGACCGUCUUCCACUGGCUAAUUGUCUACUGUCGGAAUAUUUACUACAUAUACAACAUUGAAUUCUAGUAGAUAUCUUUCUACUAGAAAUAUUCGUGUUUUCUUUUUUCAAAGUACAUAUUUUUAAAAGUUCCUCUUACAUAUUAACCAUUUGUUCUGUCUUCCUUUGAUUUUUUUUCUUUUACCGAUCAUUACUUCGUGUUUUUAUUUCUUCUUUAAGAAGAAAACAAAUUUCAUCCAUUCAAUAUUGGUUAACAAAGGAAGGAAACAAUAAGAAAGAAUAUGAUAAAUAUCAACUAUUUACAAUUUAAUCUUAUUCGAAUGACAAUAUCCAACAAUCAGCAUUGUAAUAUUAUUUACAUAUAAAUUAGAAAAUAUUUAUUUGCAUCUAGUUUUUGUUUUUGUGUGUGUUUGUUUGUUUCUUACCUCUUUCUUUUAUUCAAUUAUUAUACAUAUUUACUGAUACAAGACUAUAACUAAUCCUCGUCCUGGGAUUACUGUUAGUUACGCUGAUACUAUACAUAAACUUCGACAGUAAUAUUCGUAUACGCUACAAUCAAUCAAUCAAUCAGUCAAUCUAGUUAGAAUUACGCUCCAGUUUUUUUUAAUUUUUCUUUGUCGUUUGAAUCAUUCCUCUGUUCAAUAUUCAAUAGUUAACUAAUAAUAUACUUGGAAAUAAAUGGCUACUGAAAGUCUUCAAGCUCGACUGACUGAAUUCGAGCGUCAAGCUCGUGGUGUAUGCAUAGGUGUAAAUCAUUUAGCACUUGACAGUGAACGUGUUAGACAAGCUGAAUUAUUACAAAAAAUUAUACAACUAGAAAAAGAUAUUCAACAAUCUAGUGCACAAAAAUCACAUUUACCUGACGCAGCAGCUGAGAUUCGUGAUGAUGUGAAAAAUAAUACAUCAGCAUUACGUUAUUUAGAAACAAUAUCUCAAUUGGAGAAUUCAUUUACAGUUCUAACAGAAAAUGUCACUGAAACCUCUGUACAAUUAAGUGCUCCUAAAGAAUUAAAAGAUGAAGUGCAUGUGAAAAAAGAAUUAACUAGUAAUGUGAAGAGUUGUUGGACAUAUGUUUCUCAAUUGGCCCGAUUAAGUCAAGUACACAUUAGGAAUGCUGCUGAAUAUCAUCAGUUUCAUCAUGCAGUUAAUGAAGCUGAAGCCAGUUUGAAAGCACGUGUACGAAUGACAGAACCGAGAAAUUCAAGAGCAUUACCUGCAACUUUGAAAAAUUGUACAAUUUUGGCCAAUGAAUUGAGAGAACAUCUUAAUCAUAUGAUUUAUUUAUGGGGUCGAUCAGGCAAUUUGCUUGAAGAAAGCCGACGUAUUGUCCCUGUUCACUUAAGACUAGGCGGUGUUAUUGAUGGUCUGAGUACUAAUACAGAAUCCGCUAGUCCAGUUAUGGCUCGUAUGUUAACUUCAUUGACAGGACCAAAUUAUGAAUUAAAAGAAGGUGAAGAAGUACGCGUUAUUUCGAAUAAAGAUGAUCAACACUUUUGGACAGUGCAAACAAAUAAUGGUAUAGUGAAAAUACCAUCUGUUUGUUUAUGGAUAAGUGAUCCAGAUUUGGAAGCUGUAAAACGAUCAGUGAUACUUCGUGAAAAAUGUAUUGAAUCAUGGGAUUUACUUGUGGAAAGAUCACGUGAACGACUAAGAUCAUAUUACAGUUGUUUAUUAAAUCAAAUGGCAGAAAAUGGAGAUAUUCAAUAUCAGCAUAAAAUAGCUAUGGAUAAUUUUCUGGAAGAUUUAAGAGGUCUUCUGUUACCUAAUGAUACAAGAGCAGUUGAAUUAAGUCAAGCUAUAUAUGCAUUUACAGAGAGAUUGAAAAUGACAGAUAUUAGUCGACAACGUAGUUCACAUGGCGGAGUAGUUUUAAGAGAACAAGAUAUUGUUUGUAUGCAUAGUCCAUUGUUAAGACUACGUGAUCAUGAACGGCAAAUGGACCAUUUACGUGCACAAUCUGAACCGGCUGGAACUCAUAUGACAAAUUAUUUACGUGAAAUCGAUGCAGAUCAAAAACGAGUUGAUCACGAAUUAUCGUUGAUAGAUCAGUUACAACAUGAGAGUCAGUCUCAGUUGGAUCAAUUGAUAAAUCGUGUGAAAAGAUGGAGUAGCCGAUAUGAACAUGAACCGAAUGUUGAUUCUAGUAUAACCAAUUCUAGAAUAAGUUCUAGUUUAAAAUCUAGUACAAUAUCUGACAAUUGGACAGGUAAUAAUCAAAUGUAUCCAAUAGAUGCAAGAUCACCUCAAUCUAUAGUGAGAGAAACAUCACGAUUAUCGUCUAGAACAAGAUCAGAAUCAAUUCCAUGCCCAGCACUUGAUGCUAUUACACAAAUCGGUGUUACAACCAAAACAUCAGGGACUCAAAUUUCUGAUGACGACGGUGACGGUGGUCGUAAUAAAAUAGAUUUAUGUGUAUCUAAAAGACAAUUUGUGCCAGCGACGAUUCCUGAAAGAAAACAAGUAAGAAAUGCAAUAACUCAAAUUGGAGUUUCAAAAGUCGAUGCGGGCACACAAGAUGACUAUCAUGAAUACAGUCCUAAGCGUUCAGUUAAAGAAGUAUUAUGUCAAAUAGGUCAAAUUACAGCGAAUGCUUCAUGUCAGACAUUAGAACAUUACAAGCUGCAACAAACGCUUAAAAAGCCAACUUUGGAUGCGAUAGUUCAAUCUGGUGUUAUCACUAAGAAUAAUUCCACUCAGUCGGAAAGCAUCACAGAAACCGUUGUGAAAAUGGACGUACCUGAAUCACAAAAAGGUGCACGAAAAUACAGCGUACUAGAUGCUAUCUGUCAAAUAGGACAGGUUACACAAACAAUUGGAACACAAAUAGAAAUAGAGAAUACAGAAAGAAAUAAGAAAAAUCUUGGAGUUCAAGCAGAAAUCAAAAAGGUAUGGCAACACCCAGUGAAAACAACUGAAGCCGCAUGUCAAAUAGGUAGGAUAACAAUAAACGCAAGUACGGAGAUGUCAUCAAUGAUCAUCAGUAAUGAACAAAUGAUAAGACAAGAUAUGAAGAAAAGUGAUAUAGUGUGUCAAAUAGGAAAGGUUCAAAUAGCACAAUCAACACAGGCCGACUUAAUUAAGCAUAUGUUACGCAAACCAUCGUCCGAUGUAGUAUGUCAAGUAGGAAGUGUUAUGGAAUCUUCAGGGAUCCAGAUAGAUGAACCUCAUAAAACUUCAAUGUUACCAGCGGGAACUCAAAGUGCCAAAACACCAACAUACACUAAGGAGAUUCAGACAGAUAUGGGAUUCCGAGUGGAACCGAAGUUUGUGUCGAAGGCUGUCAACGAUGUUAUAUGUCAGGUUGGUCAGGUAAACCAUGAAGUAUCGACACAAUCAGUUGAACAUGUCACCGCUAGACCAGCAUACAAGGAUACUGGCAUUGACCCGAUUCACGUGUGGGAAAAGAAGAUGGCCAACGAUGUCGUCACACAAACAGGGAUUGUCCACACAUCGAAAAUAACACAAGCUGAACUAAUACAAGAACAACCGGUGUAUGUGAAGCCAAUAGAAACACAGGAUGUACCGAUAACAUCGUACAAAGAAACCGUAGAUGCCUACCAACAGGCCGACUUAAUUAAGCAUAUGUUACGCAAACCAUCGUCCGAUGUAGUAUGUCAAGUAGGAAGUGUUAUGGAAUCUUCAGGGAUCCAGAUAGAUGAACCUCAUAAAACUUCAAUGUUACCAGCGGGAACUCAAAGUGCCAAAACACCAACAUACACUAAGGAGAUUCAGACAGAUAUGGGAUUCCGAGUGGAACCGAAGUUUGUGUCGAAGGCUGUCAACGAUGUUAUAUGUCAGGUUGGUCAGGUAAACCAUGAAGUAUCGACACAAUCAGUUGAACAUGUCACCGCUAGACCAGCAUACAAGGAUACUGGCAUUGACCCGAUUCACGUGUGGGAAAAGAAGAUGGCCAACGAUGUCGUCACACAAACAGGGAUUGUCCACACAUCGAAAAUAACACAAGCUGAACUAAUACAAGAACAACCGGUGUAUGUGAAGCCAAUAGAAACACAGGAUGUACCGAUAACAUCGUACAAAGAAACCGUAGAUGCCUACCAACAGGCCGACUUAAUUAAGCAUAUGUUACGCAAACCAUCGUCCGAUGUAGUAUGUCAAGUAGGAAGUGUUAUGGAAUCUUCAGGGAUCCAGAUAGAUGAACCUCAUAAAACUUCAAUGUUACCAGCGGGAACUCAAAGUGCCAAAACACCAACAUACACUAAGGAGAUUCAGACAGAUAUGGGAUUCCGAGUGGAACCGAAGUUUGUGUCGAAGGCUGUCAACGAUGUUAUAUGUCAGGUUGGUCAGGUAAACCAUGAAGUAUCCACACAGUCAGAGAUUCCUUCAAUUAUUUCAGUGGGAGUAGAUCCAAAACCAGAAGGUGCUGUAAGGCACCUAGGUUCAUACCAAGUGCCACCAAAAACAGAUCGUCAAAGCAGACAAGUACAGGCAGAUAUCAAACAGGCAUUUAAACAUACAAAUAUGCAAACAGAAGAGAUAACUAGAGAAAAUUUAAUAUCGACGAACUUGGUGAGGGCGAAACAGAAAGAAACAUUUGAUGUAACGACUCAAUUCGGUAUAUUAACAAAAGAUAAAGACGUCGAAACAUUCGUUAAAUGUAGUUCAAAAGAAACACAAACCAUAGAAAGUUCACCAGAAGCUGAAGUAAAAAUGAGGAGCCAACAAACGUUCACUCGAAUAAGAAGUAAAAAUUAUGACGUCCAAACACAGUCAGGGACGAUAAAUAUUUCCCAAGCAUUCCAGACAUUAUUAGAUUACAAGCCAACAACAGAUAAACGAUCAACUGGAAUGCAGCACGAAAUGGAUUUCAGAGUGGUGCAAACUACGCAUCAUGAACCACAAACACAAGAAACACCGACACAAACUGAGAGAGUGACAUUAAAAGAUGAACAAUCAUUUACGUCAUUCAAAUUGAAAACAUACGAUGUUCAGACUCAGUUUGGAAGUAUGCUUAAGUCACAGGCAGCACAAACGCCAGGUGAACAGAGACCCGUCGUCGAAAUAAAAGACAUGAUUACACAACACGAGAAACGUCCAGAACCAAUUGUACACAAAAAAUUACAAGCAAUGGUACAACCGACCACCAUUAACACAGAGACUCAGACGAUGGAAGAGAGACCACCACCGGUUAUCUUGCCACCAAAGUUAUUCGACGUCCAAACACAAUCAGGAUCAGUGACGAUAGAUUCAGAAACACAAACACCACACAAACAGAAAAUAAUCCCAGAUAUAAAGGAUGUGAGUGUAUUUCAUGAGUCACAUCAUGUACAAACAGUAAACAAGAAACUUCAAGCUGUGGUAUACCAUCCAUCUGACGAUGUGUGUUUGCAAACCGAAGAGGUAAGCGUACAACCUGUCAAACCCGUUGCACAGGUGUUUUCUCGAGCUCCGCAAGUUGCACAUAAGCAAACACAAGCAGAAUGGCUGAAGUUCAAUAUAAAAACAUUUGAUAUACAAGCACAAUCAGGGAUGGUAGUCAAGACACAGUCAACACAAACUAUUCUAGAAGAACAACCAGUAUUCCAUACUGCAGACGUCAGUGUGAUUCAUAGUGAAAAAUCACCUUCAUUAGUAGGCAAGAAGGUUCAGGCAACAAUGCGUCAAUCAGUUGACAACACGAGCACACAGACUGAUCCGAUGACUCAAGUCCCUACUGUAUUACCGAAAACCACGUUCGAUGUUGUGACUCAGUCUGGUACUAUCCACUGUGCACAGUCAGUUCAGACCAUUCCAGAGGAACGACCAGUAUUCCAUACUGCAGACGUCAGUGUGAUUCAUAGUGAAAAAUCACCUUCAUUAGUAGGCAAGAAGGUUCAGGCAACAAUGCGUCAAUCAGUUGACAACACGAGCACACAGACUGAUCCGAUGACUCAAGUCCCUACUGUAUUACCGAAAACCACGUUCGAUGUUGUGACUCAGUCUGGUACUAUCCACUGUGCACAGUCAGUUCAGACCAUUCUAGAGGAACGACCACGAAUCGAUAAUGUUGAUGUGAGCGUUGAUCAUUUUGAGACUGUGCCUAUUGUUCGAUCAACAAUCUCAUCGACCAUGCAUACUCUUCCAAACACUUCACAAUCAACACAAACCACACCUACUAAACUAGCUGAUACAUUCUGUCAAGCGACGUUAUCUUCUACUACAUACGAUGUCCAAAUUCAAUCUGGAGUAAUGCAUUCAAUAGAUGGGACACAGACUGUCGAUUUAAGGUCACCAAUUGAGAUGAAAGAAAUGAGUGUCGCACACGAGAAGGAACGAACUGUUCUGAAAGGGAAGAAACUUCAGGUUCGUUGUGAUUCAACUGAUUUGGGAUAAUGCAUUCAAUAGAUGGGACACAGACUGUCGAUUUAAGGUCACCAAUUGAGAUGAAAGAAAUGAGUGUCGCACACGAGAAGGAACGAACUGUUCUGAAAGGGAAGAAACUUCAGGUUCGUUGUGAUUCAACUGAUUUGGGAGUCCAAACAGAUCAAAUUACUCCCAUUGUUCGAUCAACAAUCUCAUCGACCAUGCAUACUCUUCCAAACACUUCACAAUCAACACAAACCACACCUACUAAACUAGCUGAUACAUUCUGUCAAGCGACGUUAUCUUCUACUACAUACGAUGUCCAAAUUCAAUCUGGAGUAAUGCAUUCAAUAGAUGGGACACAGACUGUCGAUUUAAGGUCACCAAUUGAGAUGAAAGAAAUGAGUGUCGCACACGAGAAGGAACGAACUGUUCUGAAAGGGAAGAAACUUCAGGUUCAUUGUGAUUCAACUGAUUUGGGAGUCCAAACAGAUCACACUAUGUCUACUGUUCACUUGGACAGUAAAUUAACUCAAACUGCUUUAGUUCGUUAUACGGAUAUAUCAUGUCAGUAUACUGAACUCACGAAGCCUUCAUUAACUAGUCAUGCAGUAACGUCCAGAGUUGUUAGCAUUCAAACAGAUGUGCCUUUUUCAACAAACGUACGUGUGGAUCAACGAAACAAGAAAUUCCAAGUGAAUCUAAUAUCGCCUUCAUCACCAAAGACUCUAAUAAAUGUAGCCUCUAUAGGAACACAAACUUCAGAUUAUAGAUACCAGGAUAUAAGUAUUGAACAGGUUGAUAAAACAAUAGUUUCAUCAGUGGAUGCACAUGUGGUUCAUGAUUCAGCGUCUAAUGUGACAAACACUUCACAAGCAAUACCAAAAAUAAAAAUAGAUCAAGAGUGCCAAGUAAAAAUAACUCCUCAACAAUAUCAAAAGAAACUUCAGUAUGGUUCCUCAUUUUCUACAUUAAAAAAUACAUCUUCUCAAACUAUACAGGACAGUUGUCUUUAUGACCAUCAUAAAACUUCUUCGUCAUCAAGUAUUGGAGUUCAGGCAAGUAAUAUACGACCAGUAGUUACAGUAGAUACAGGGACUCAAGAAACAAGACCAAGUGAGACUUCUCCAUCACCUUUACAAGUUAAGAACAAAAAACUACAAGUCUACCCAUCUAAACUUGGUGAACAAGUAGAAGAAGAAUUUACACAUCCUCAAGACACAAUCUCCAAAGGAAUGUCAACCUCAUUAACUGAGAUAACACAAACAGAUGAGUGUUUACUAAAAAAUAUUGAAUGUUUCAAGUGUAUAUCACGGGGAUAUGAUAAGAAAACAAUUGAUAAAGAUAUGCAAUCGGAAGAAAAAUCAAUAAGAACAAAACAAACAGCAUCCAGUACAGUGAAAUCAAAUUACUUUACACGUAUUCUCCAAAUGGAAACUAUUCCUGACAAGCCAAAAGCAUCAGACACAUCCGAUGUGCUGAAACUAUACAGAGAGUCCGGCUAUAGAGCUAGGGGUGAAUCAAAGAAUAUCCAAACUGAUACGUUUUUGUUGGGAAGUAUUCAAUUACCUGAAAGUAGGGAAGUGGAUAGCAUAGGAAAAAUUUCGAAAAAGACCACAAUUGUUCAGUUAGAAAAGUUAACUACGGAUAAGUGUGUAGAUACUAUGCCCUUUGAAAAAGGACUUAUAGAAUCUCAAAUAUCCUAUCAUGAUACCCAGAUAUCUGAAAGGAGAAAUAUAAAGUUACUAAAAGAAACACCAUGGUCAGAAGCACAAGUAUCAAAUGUUCUGCAAGAUAUUCAGUAUGAAAUAAGACAUCCUCAAAUAAUAGAUUCAAGUGGAAGUUACUCACCUCAACAAAAUUCAGUUGCAGUUAGUGCACGACCAACUACUCAUAUGCUUGCUCAUACAGAAUCAACAAGCAGAAAUGGAAAUGGAAAGGCUAAGACACCGUAUCAAUAUUUAAAACCAGAUGUUGUAAGUUGGGGAGUACAAUUUGCACCAGUGACACUUACUGGGGUAACGCAAACCACUGAAUCUUCGAAACAUAAGUUAACUAUCGAUUCACCAGUAAAUAUAGGUGUACAAACUGAUGCGAUUGAAGAUGACUAUUAUAUAAAAAGAGUUGUGACGACAAUAGCUAGGAAAGGUUUGUCAUCUUAUUGUCGUCGAGGUCCAGUAGCCAAAAGAAUUGUCGAACACACUGAUCUAUUGACAUCGAGUUUACCUAGUAACCUAGAUGAAGAGUUUGAUGAAGAAACAACAAUUGCACCAAGAACAACGAAGGUCACAACUAUGCAAAAACGUGGAGAUCGUCGAGUAGUACAUGAAGAGUUACUUACAGAGGACUAUAGGGAAAGAGGAAGUUCACUUGACUCUCAUGUAGCCCACGAACGGUUUCUGAGAGAAACACACCCACAGGAAAUCGAUUUGCAUGGAAUGCAUGAACAUGAGACAGGCAUAUAUACUGAUGCUGAAAUCUGUUUGCAGAAUUUACUGAAAGUUUGGGGAGAGCAAUACUUGCUUUCUAGAUUAAGAACGAUCGGUAGAUACUCAGGGCUUUCAGUUAGUCUUGAUCGAAGUAUACAUACAGCAGAAAAAUCACGGCUAGUUGAAGCGAAGACACAGUUUACUUCAACGGGAAACUUAGUGAGUCAAAUCAGAAAUCUUGAGAACAUGGGAACACAGACUAGUGAUAUUCUCCUUACCACUCGACCUCCACAUAAAAAUAAACGGAUACAACGUGGUCGUAGCUUCAUUUCUGGAGGAACGAAUCAGCCACCACCGACGCGUAGUGGCUCGGUAGUAAGUCCACUGUCGCCGACUACCGAAGAACUGACAAGUCACCAUCGUCAGCACGGGAUAACAAGCAUGCAGACACGUACUUCUCAUCCAUUUAAUUUGGCCACUACCACAUUUACAGAGACUACACAAGAGCAAUCGACAUUCAGUAUUGAACAUACAGUCCAGACUUAUAUAUGUCCAACAUGUGGGAGUCAAGCUAGUAUCCCAGUGACCGUUCAUUCACAAAUACAACCUCAAACACUUCCAAUAACACAAUUAAAAGACGCCCAAUCACAAACUCGGUUUGUGGGGCAGAUGACAGCUGAUAAUAACUGCACAUAUCUACCAACUUACCUAAGUGAUGAGGAAGUAAUUCGCAUAAAUCAGAGCCAGAAAAUUGAAGACAGAGAAUUUUCGGUGGUGACAUGGCAUCCAGCAGAAAUACGAGAUACAGAACGCCGUAGGGAUAGCGACACAAGUAAUCAGAUACGAGAUGAAGUUUGGGUUGAUAGUCCUGGGAAACUGCUGGAACUCAAAAUAACUGGAGUAAUAGUACCUGGAACAAGCAAAAUCGUUAGCGCAAGUGAAGCGUUUUAUCGUGGUCUACUAAGAGUAGUAUACUGGGAUUAUGAAAAACUUGGACCUAGGCAAUCAUCAGUAGAUUCAACAGUUUCCAUACCACUGGCAGAUGCAGUGAUUUCUAAGGCAGUUCGGUUAGCUAGUGAUAGAAUAUCAACAGAAGCGCAGCCAUCAUUGGAUGCCAAAAUAGUUUGGAGAACACCAGAGAUACAACGAAGUAGGUAUCUAGUACAUUCAAUUAGACCUGAUGCAGGUCAAAACAAACAUAAUCCAAUUAAUCUGGACGUUGCAUCUGCAAUACGAGCUGGUCUAAUUGACAAAGAAACCGGUCGAAUGUUGUUUACACAUUCUGUUUACGAGUCACCAUUCGGUACUGAUUCACCGAUAAGUAAAAAAGGCGAUAGUAGCUCUGACCAAACUGAACGAUUGUCUGUCAGAGAAGCAAUUUUACGUGGAUUUUUAGUUGCAGAAUUAAUAGAACCAGAAUCAUCGUAUAUAACAAAGCAAAGCUUACCAUUUAUUGUCCCAAGCACAAGUUAUUCACACUCUCCAACUGAUGUUGACAUUUGACCUGUUACUUAAUUAUUAUUAUUAUUAUCAUUGAAAAUAAGCGAAUACACAUGAAACCUGUUUUGUAACCUAGAAAAACUGACCCUCGUCUGUGUAUAAGUAUGGUUCUCUUCCACAGAAAAAGUCGCAUUAUUCAAUCAGCACUACGUUGUAUGCGUGUGUAGCCAAUUAUUUCAAGUAUCAACUUACUCCUUUUUUGUUUUUCGUCGUGUUUUUCCUCUUAAACAACAAAACAAAACGAAAACUAUCACUUACCUAAUCAAAUAUCCAGUAUAAACAACCAUAAAAAUAAUAAUUUCUAUUUUAUUCUUUUUCUGUUGACAUUCUAUUAAUAAUAAUAAUAAUAAUAAUAAUAAUAAUAAUAAUAAUAAUAAUAAUAAUAAUAAUCAGUUUAUAGAAAGUUACAUUAGUCUUUAGCGUAAAUUUAACCUUAAAGGCAUUUCGUAUAAGCAUCCUACGAGUAAAGUAUUAUGUUUAAAUUGGUUCUAAACUCUUUGCUAUUCAGAGACCAAACAUAAUAAUUAAUAUAAUAUUAGGACAUGAACUUCAAACAUAUGUAGAGUACAGUGAUUACGUGGUUUACAUCAUGGAUUGAUUGUAGCUAGACAACAGAAAACCAAGAAGUACUGAGCAGACGUUUCGUCCAAGUACAGGAGUCCUCAGCAAUGCGUACCUACUACCCUAUUAGUGGUUGUACUUAGGAACCUCAAGCCUCACAGAAAGUGGUAAACUUCGGUCCACUGAGUAGGUAUCUAACGGUUUACAUUCCUAACUUCAGUCAAUUUUCCAUAUUAAGCGAUUAUCAUUCAAAACCAUUGGUGAGUGAUUGCCUCCUUCCCGAUGCAGAUGAAAUCCACUGGUAACAGCUUUGCAAUAGGUAGCAUUAGUCCUAACUUCGACCCCUGGUGAAUUCGUCGCUGGGCACUGUUGAGGAGUUCCAUACUAGGACGAAGAGGCUGUCUCGUACUUCUUAGUUUCCACUGGUUGUGUAGUUAGAUACAGUGAGUCCGUGGUGCAAACUACAAAAUUCAACAGCCUUCACAAAAGCAUAUGUACUAGUUCCAAAACUAUUGACUCAAUUAUCUGUUAAUGAGCAAAAAAUAUAUAGAUAGAUAGGCAAAAGCAGUUGUUGAACAGAACUGACUAACGGUGAGAUGCACAAUUCAAGAUAUUAUAUAUACAACAACUUUAAAUUGUGAAAAAAAAGAAAAUUUUCCCGGUAUUUAUUCUUUUUCGAAACCAAGGUUACUAGUUUGGAAAGUAUGCAGGGAUUGAUACUAAUAACAAAGCUAAGAAGUUGAAAAUCAAUGAAAAGCAAUAAAAGAUAUAAUGACCUAUUCGAGUACGAAACAGAUGUCUAAACUACUGAGUCAUAACAAUAUACUGGAAAGUGACGUAUUCUCAUAUCGAUCAAACAACAGAGUCGAAAUAGACAAUAUUUGAAAGUUAAUUCAUACUGCAACUUGUUCAAUUGUUCAAAUACACGAAUUUAGAUGACAACUGGACCUAUGGUGCGUGAACUGGUCAACAGAAAUACAGUUAUUCCAAUAAAAUGAACAAUUAUGACUUUAAUUUAUUUCAAAGUUUAUACAGAAACAAAGCUAUGUAUUUGUUCCAUAAGUUAUGAAUCAGAAAUAUUUUUUCGGGAGAUUAAUAUCAACACUAAUUCGGUUUUCAAGACUAUCUUAGGAUGUAAGGGCAAUCAAACAUUAAUGAACCAAAAACAUGUAUACCAUAUAUAGCAUUAAAAGAUCAAAGUAUUUAGAAUAUUUAAAUAAUGGAAAUAUCAACAUCUUUUAGGCUAUAUGCUAUUUUAUUAGAUAUAAUUAGGUAUAUAUGAAGAUCUUUGAUAACAGUUCAUAAAAAACACGUACGUCGAGUAGGAUUAGAAAGAUUUACUUGUGGUUGCUUAUCACCUGUGCAUAGCUUUUAACAGAAGUUGAUAGAGAUCCGAAUAUGAACAUCAACUAAAUGUUAAACGUUACCAUAUAUCUAUGCUUAUGUUAAAACACGUAGACAAAUAUGGGCAAAGACUUGACCAGGAGAACGUUGAAAUAGUGAACAGAAACACAAAGACCGCUCAGUUUUUAUGUUUUGCUAAUUAGGUUAGUUAACAAGCACAUUGAAAUAGGCUCACUUCAUUAACCAGUUAGAACAAGUAUUAACAACUAUAAGGCCAUGUAAGAAUAGGUCCAGGGGACAAAGCAACCAAAAUAUAUGUGCAAAAAAUGACAGAAGGAACGUUAACAACAACUAAUCAGAUUCAAUGUUGAUAGAAAGGCGAUGGGAGAAUUUAAUUAUAUCGCUUCAAGGAUCUUGUUCCAAUAGAAAAUAUAGUUUAUAUGGAAAGUAAAAAGAGGGAAAUUACCCUUAGGCAAUGAGGUCUAACAAUAUUUCGAUUCCGGUGAAAUCAAAUCUCUGGGCGGGAUAGUUUAGUCAUGAAGCUCUCAUUACAUUUCUAGACAUCACAAGUCCCAAACAGAAGUGAGUCUUUGGAAUAUCUCAUCACUUGAUGCAGAAUAAAAUGAACAUUUCUUUCGUGCUUACAACUGUUUUCGUAUCGAAGUAUAACAUAAUAUUAAACUACAGAUAUUCGUGGAUGAAGAAAGCUGAAAUAACAAUAAUUAUCAGUACCAUAUGUGCAGGCGUAAGAUAAAUAUAGAAAACAUAACGGGAGUGGGACAGUAAUUAUUUGGAACUCCAAGACUGACAAAUUAGUUUGUGUAAUGAAUUAUGAGCGAUUUGAAGAGUUUACAGAAGUUUUAAUAAUUUGGUGAAUGAAAAUCACAAAUGAAUAGAAAUAUUAUUCCUAAUUCUAUGAAAUAACAAUCAGUCAAGUGAGAAUUACAUAAAAAAGUACAGAUAAUGAUACAGCCAGAUCUCACUACCUAAGGAUAAUUCUUUCAUUUUUUAUUAAAUUUACAUACAAACUAUGUUUUCUAGUAUGAUGUAGAUUCUUAUGAUUGAUAUAUAAAAACUUAAACGUUUCCUUUCAUCUAC